CUCCCUCCCGCUAGAGUGCGGGCGCCCGCGGGAGGCUGGCAGUUGCCGCUUGGGACACCGGCCCGGCUGCCCGGGCCGCUCGGGACGCGACCCUUCGGUUCGAAGUGAGGUUCCUGAAGGCUUCAAGGGAAACCCAAUUUAGGGAAGACUCAAUGGCUCUGGGUGAAGAUGUUGCUGAGGCAGACACAUCUGUCAACACAAAGGCCCCGUCCUGUGGCAGCUGGAACUCUGUGGGACAGGAACUGCUGCCCCCAGGGCUUGAACCACAGCAGCCCCUGCAUCUACAAGUCAAGGGAAGGGCUGAGGCUGACCCUGACUGCAUCUCUAGAGUUUUCUUGUCACAGGCCCACACUGCCAGUGAAGAACCUGUAGCAGAUGCGUCUAAGCCUACCCUCAGCGUCAGCAUGGGAACUGGAGACCUUCACUCUGUGGGAAACCAUAUGGAGGAAAACAAGAAUCCUGCCUCCCAGGUUCAAAGGGUUAAAGUCCUUGGAACUGUAACUGUUUGCUCAGGACACGAUGCUGCCAGUGAAGACAGCCAGCCCCCAUCUGAUUCUCCUCAGGUGCUGGGCCUCAGCCAGCAACCUCACAUCUCAGGGUGCCCUCUCCUGUCCCAGGGGGAGUUCACAGUGAGCCCAGGUGCUCCUCAGCUCUCUAGCAGAAGCUUCUCUGCCUCUUCCAUGGGCAGCAGUCUCCAGGGCCACCAAGAGAAGGUAGAGCCUCAAAGUAGCUCCUUUGCCAAGUUCUCUUCUCGGGAGUUGAUUGUACCCCAGGGAGCCCCCUCAUUGGUGGGGACAGGGCCUCAGCCCCUGUGGUCACCACAGUCUGUGGCCCCUGGUGGUGAUGCUACUAGCCUGGGUAAGAGACAACUCUCCUUUCAGGCAGAGUACUGGGCCUGUGUGCUGCCAAAUUCUCUGCCUCCCUCUCCUGACCGCCACUCCCCACUCUGGAACCCAAAUAAAGAGUACGAAGAUUUGCUUGACUACACUUACCCACUGAGGCCUGGGCCUCAGCUCCCAAAGCAAUUUGAGAGUCAUGUGCUGGCUGACCCUGUCAUGCAGGAUUCAGGUGUAGAUUUGGACAGUUUCUCUGUCUCCCCAGCAAGUACUCUCAAGUCACCCAUUGAUGUCUCCCACAAUUGCUUAUCAGCAGAAGUACCUUCCCUGCCAUUUUCUGGAACCCUUAAGCAUUGGCCCUUGGGAGUAUCCCAGAAACAGGAUGGCAUAAACCUGCCAUCUUGGAACCAGCUUGCAUCAACCCCUAGAACCCCAGGCACUGAGGAUGCUUCUUCCAAGAACAGAGAGGCAGCCCUGAGGGACACAAAAGGCUAUCUGCCUAUAGGCAAGAACCUCAGUGUGGGCUCUCCCCAGCUGAAGACGAAGGAGAGGGGGCUGCCCUUUCCAAGACUAGAGAGGGAGAAGAGAGCCUGCCAGAAUGUUGGUCAUCCCACCUGUGUGAAGCCUGGGUGGACAUCAGAAGAGGAAAUGGAAAGUGAAGAUGAGUACCUUGCCCUGCCCACGAGGCUGACUCCAGUUUCUAUGAUGUCCUACUUAAGUGUCAUUCCCACAUCUGUGAACCUACCCACUGGGGCUGCUGAGGAGCACAGUUCACUGAUGGUCUCAGACAGUGAUGAGUCCCCCACAUUGGACUCUAGCCAAAGGCAGCAUCCUUCUGGUGCUGCUUUCCAAGGGUCUGUGGUCCAGAACCCUUGCUUUGUAGACUCUAUCCAUGCUAAGGACUCCACAGGCAAAAGUAAGGUGAGCAGCCAGGCCCUCGGGGUCUCUUCUGGACUGAUGAAAACUCACCCCACCUUGCAAGCUACAUCAGACAGGUGGCCGUUCUCAGAACCAGUUGCUGGAAAGAAGCUUCCCAAGGACAGAGGACAGGAGAAAGCAUCGCUGGUGCAAUGUGUGCAGACAUUUUGCUGUCAGCUGGAAGAGUUGAUAUGCUGGUUGUAUAACAUCACAGAUGUUGCUGACCUCAGUACUCCACCCAGGUCCACUCUUACAGGUCUCAAGUCUUCUCUGCAGCUUUACCGGCAAUUUAAGAAAGACAUAGACAAGCAUCAGUCCCUGACAGAGAGUGUCUUGGAGAAGGGGGAGACUCUUCUUCAGUGCCUGAUGGACAACACCCCAGUUUUAAAGGAUGCCCUUGGGAAGAUCGCAAAGCAGUCUGGUGAGCUGGAGAGCCAUGCAGAUCACCUUUAUGACUCUAUCUUGGCCUCUCUGGACAUGUUGGCUGGCUGCACCCUCAUCCCUGACGAUAGGCCAGCAGCAGCUAAAGAACACCCACUUUAACUCAGUGUCAUCCAGGCAGAGAUGGAGUCAUCAUCAUUAAGUUGGCUCUGGGGAAGAAAACUCAAGAACUUAGAAGAGCUGGGAGACUGAAUCCUAUUGCUUUAAGAUGCCUUUGCCAACUCUGAAGGAUUCUUGACUUCUCAUCACAAUGAAUCCCUCCAGACAUAGGCUUCUCUUUUUGGUGUUUCUCUACCAAAAAUAUGUGGCUUUACAAUUUUGAUGAAAUACUAGGGUUUUAUAGAAUACUCAGAUUAUAAAUACUAGGGUCUCAUGUUCCCCUUCUGUUUAAAAACCAGCAGAUAAAAUAUAUUGAGGCCAUUUACAGAAAGCUGCUCAAGAAGGUUCCAAGUACUUGGAAUUUUCACAUGUACGAGGGGAUAGGCUCUAGAGUGAAGAAUAGUGGCCAAAACUGUGAUCUUUUCAUAAAGUUGAAUUUUGUAAACUCUGAAGACUCUCAGCAGACCUGUUAGCCCUUAAGUCUGCCACAGAAAAAUAGGGCAGUGGACCCUCUACAGAGUCCUUUGACAACAUGACAUUAGUUG